GCGAGAGAUGUCGCCGCCGGAGGAAGAGGCCCGGCACGCGGAGGUCUCGCUGACAGUCCGCGUGGAGGCGGGGGCGGUGCGCGGCCGCGUCGCGGAGGCGGAGGGGGCGGCGGGCUGCCACCGGCGCUACCGCUACCGCAGCUUCCAGGGCAUCCCGUACGCGCGGCCGCCACUCGGCCAACUGCGGUUCAAGCCCCCGGAAGCGGUGGAGCCGUGGGAGGGCGUGCGCGACGCCAUCUGCGAGGGAGCGGAGUGCGCGCAGCUCGACUUUUGGGAGCGCUACUACAAGGGAGACGAGGACUGCCUCUACCUCAACGUCUACACGCCGCUGGUGGAACCCGCCCCCAGCCCUGGUGGCUGGCCUGUUAUGGUGUGGGUGCAUGGGGGCGGCUUCGCCCACAGCUCGGGCACGACGCGCGAGUAUGGACCAGACUACCUGCUGGCACACCAGGUCAUCCUCGUCACCUUCAACUACCGCCUGGGACCGCUCGGCUUUCUGACGACGGGCGACGCGGCCUGUCCCGGCAACAUGGGCCUACGUGACGUGCUCGCGGCGCUGCAGUGGGUGCGUCGCAACAUCGCCGCCUUCGGGGGCGACGCCGACAACGUGACCAUCUUCGGCGAGAGCGCCGGCUCCAUCAUCUGCCACGGGCUGCUGCUCUCACCCGCCGCUGACGGCCUGUUCCACAAGGUGAUCUGCCAGAGCGGCGUGACGUUCGCGGCGGCGCUCAACAGUCCUGUGGCCGAUCGCUCGUGGCGGCUGGCGCGUCACAUGGGCCUGCAGGCGGGGGCGACCUCCCACGAGAUGCUGGACUUCCUGCGAGGCCAGCCCGCCAGGGCGCUGGUCGAGAACCAGAUGGCCGCGCGCUCCCAGCAGGACGUGGACAUGCUGGAGCAGUUCCCGUUCGUGCCGGUGCUGGAGGCGGCUGGCAGCCCGGGGGCGCUCAUCACCAGGGAGCCGGCGGACCUGCUGCGCAGCGGCGCCUUCCGCCAGCGGCCGCUCAUCAUCGGCUUCACCUCCAGGGAGGGCCUGCUCUUCUUCAAGGACAUUCUCCAAAACAAGUCAGCGAUACCAGAUCUGGACAAAAACUUCCACAAGAUCAUCCCGUCCAACGUGCCCAUGAAGGACCCUCUUCGUGUCUUCGUGGGGAAGAAGAUAAAGAAGUUCUACUUCGGCGGCCAGCCGUUUGACGAGUCCAGCAUCAGCACGUACUGUGACGUGCGGGGCGACAUGCUGUUCUUGUACCCGUCGGUGCUGGCGGGCCGCCUCCACGCCCGCCUCCCAGACGCCGCCCCCCUCUACCUGUACCACUUCGCCGUCGACGGCCGACUCAACAUGUUCAAGAAACGCUUCGGCGCUGACGCCCACACAGGUGCGAGCCACGGGGACGACGUGCUACACCUGUUCACGGCCGACUGCUGCCGCGACGUCCAGCUGGAGCCAGACUGCCUGGAGGCCAGGACCGUCGCUCGCAUGACGCGCAUGUGGACCAACUUCGCCAAGACGGGGAACCCGACGCCGGACGCCGGCGACCCCGUGCUGGGGGGCGUGGCGUGGCCGUCCAGCGGCGGCGGCCAGCUGCGCUACCUGGACAUCGGCGGGGGCGGGCUGCGCGUGCUGUCCGAGCUGCCCCCCGACUACCAGCGGCGCGUCGCCUUCUGGGACGGCCUGGCCGCCAGCCCCGCCGUGCUCAAGAUCGUCGAGUUCGUCGUCUGCUGCCGCGCCGCGCUGGCGCGACUCCUGCGCAGGAACUGACAACUGCCACCUGGCACCUGACACCUGGCAGCUGUAAAGUGCGUCGGCAAUGGCACAAGUUAACUAGGGCAAAGGUCCUUCCAACGUGCUCCCCGAAAUCUCUGUUUCCAGCUUAUAACACUCUCCUGCAUGGAAUGGACAUUGAAAGAACUCCCUGAUACGCCUGUCUCGUACCGUAUUUUACGAAUUUUUCGCCUCUCUCUCCAACAGUUCAUCUUUUGUACAAAUACAGGCUUCAGAGGACCAGUGGUGCUCUCACCACUGUGUUCUGCGUCUCGUAACUUACACAACUCACAAAAGAAGACGCGCUUCUGUCACUGGCAAGAGUUCCAUAAACCGACGACUAGACUUAACUCCACAGACAAAAGUAUGAUGUUGUUUCAAUAAGUGGUCACAAAUAUUGCCAACUCAUAUUUCACUGACAAUCUCUGCUGGUGUGAUGUCUGGAAUGCUUUAUUUGUAUGUAACUACGCUGCCAUGCUAUAAAUGUGAAAACUUUGUACCCCCAUUGUAGUGUAACGACGUAAGUUUUGUAUAAAUGAUUUUCUUUUGACAUAUGACCCUGUGCAGACUUCGUCACCUACGUCAGUUACAAAACACUUCAAAAUUAUUUAAAUUCUUUUCAAAGUGGUCUCUGAAUGGUUCUUGAACGAAACUGUAAUUAAAACAUCAUCAUUUGAGUCGUAUGCGCAGGAUUACGUCACUCAGUCCAAUUGGUUUGCGCGAACGUUUUUCAAUUUACAUGUCGUUUGUUUCUUCUCGGAAAUUAUAAUAAUGCAAGUUAUCUGCUUUAAUAAAUAUUAAAACCACACCGAAUAAACUUUUAAGACUCAAACUCGCGAUGAACGUUGUCAAAAAUUAAUAAUCUUGUCAAAUAAAUCAGUAAUACUUAUUCCUUAAUAUAAUUCUUCAUAAAUAAAUUCUCGGAACACGUAUUUAAACUUUUGUAGUAUACACUAGUUUAUUAUCUUCAUAUAUACUACAUAUAGACGUGAACCUGAGCCUUCACAAGAUAGGACUGCACAUUUACAAUACGAUUAAACUUUCUAUGACGUCAUUGUUGAAGAAACAUUACAAAUUCUUAUUUUUUCAGGUUUUAGAAGCACGACGCAACAACUCGGUUUGGCUGUCGACCCGCGACGUAUAGUGGCCAGCAAUUUUCUCUCUGGUCCGGCAGUGAAGAUGCUGUCUCCUUUCGUUGCGCCGCCCUCUCCGUACAUGAAACAUAAAAAUAAAUACAAAACUUAAGAUAAUUCACAAACAUUACAAAUAUUACAAAAUACCUAAACAAAACACUAAAUUAAACUUAUAUUCACCUGCAUACUGGGCUGACACUGGUGAAUGGGUCACGCUUCAAUUUCGCGUCCCACUACACCAUGUCGUGUGACAGUUGCCUCAUCCGUGAAAAUACUGUCGUCUAACGUGGCAAUUAUAAAUUUCUGGAUUCCUUUAUCUACUUCUCCUUUUACGUGAGGACUCCCGGUCCCUAACAUUGACACGUACUCUCGAAGCACUCUCAGUAUUUCUUUAACAGUUCUACUGCCUAUUGCUAGAUUUUUUUUUCUUUACAGAAUAAGGCAAGCAGUGGCCAAACCUGAACCAAACGAAAGUUAGUAUUGUCUGAGAGACCUCACAGUCAUGUCGUCCAUACAUCCUAUAAACUCGACAGCAACAGCAAUAACGUUUCCAACCGUCGCACACCGCUGCGCCUUUACUAGAGCACCUGACCAAACCUACACCUACAUACAUUCCAAGUCGAAACACGAAACGAUUUGUAUGGACCCCAAGUAUUGUAACAUCAAAUAUGCCCGUACACUGAACCCUCCUGCCAGAUGCAACUCUCGCCUUCUCGUUCUUUCCUUUAACAGGGUCCACCUCCCCUCCUUUGUUUUCUUUGCUUUCCCCUGCGUAGCGAUGGACAAACUCCUUCCUUACAUCGCUUCCGCAACUGUCAUAUACCCUGAUAUAAACCCUCCCACUUAACCUCGUUCUCCUUGUUGAGCGGCAUUUCGGAACACUGUCAGUCCAGGAUUGACAAUCACGAAGAAAAGAGGUCGCUGGACAGUACAUUUAAAAGAUGAAAACUAUGUUCUGCAAUGACCAAUUUGACCUUUGGGAAAUGUUGGCACACGUAGUUUCGAGGUGACGUCAGCACUACUCGCAUCUCCUACAAAAAAUUAAAAGGUCAGCGCACUAGUGAGUUGCCCUAACCAAAGAAAAUAAGGGAAAGUAUGUGCAGUUAUCAGCCAGUUGAGUGCUCCACAUCAGUACCUGUGAUGCAACCAACUCAAAAAGGAGGGUCACACAAACUGAUACCUCCUUUCUUUUUUAUUAUUAUCUUACAAGGAAAUCAAAUGCCAUAUAAAUAGCAUAACAACAACAAUAUUCACUACUAAUUCGUUCCAGUAUAAUCACCAUAUUUGUUCACAGUUUCUUUGUCAUCUUCAAACAAGAGCAUUUAUACUUGUGCAGUAAAGAUCAUGGUUUCGCUUUCUAAGACACUGGCACAAAGAAUUUUUCAGAGUCUUCAAACGGGUGACCCGAUAAUCCCCUCUGAAUCGUCUAACAGAUGGAAGUCAGAUGGUGCAAGUUCAGGGUUGCAUGGUCCAUAGGGCAAGACUUCUCAGCCAAAUUUUGAAAUUUCGCCAGUUGUGAAGUGACUGGUGUCCGACCUUGGAUUGCCAUGUGAAAUAAGAACUGCCUUCACUUUUGAUGGGCGAAAUCGUUCAUCCAACUUCGGAAGGGUUAGCACGUAUUGGUUAGAGCUUAUUAUGCAUCUUGUCUGCAAAAAAUCAACUACAAUCACACCCUCUAAAUCCCAAAACAUUGACACCAUAACCUUCACAGCAGAACGUAGUGUUUUUAAUUUUUUCCUUGUCGGCGAUGUCGUGUAAUAUCAUUUCAUGGACUGCCUCUUGAACUCUGGUUCAAGAAAUGAACCCAAGUCUCGUCUCCAGUCACAGUUUUUGACAAAAUCUCCUCUGCCUCGACUCUGAAGCGCUGCAACAGAUUGGAUAUAACCGUUUUUCUUGCUUCUAUAUUCUGAUCUGUCAACAUUUUAGGUGCCAAGCGUGCACAAAUCUAGGAGUAACCCAGUUUUUCAAACUGGCCAUCACAUGGCCCUUCCAGAUGCAUAACUGGCGACACAAUUCAACUGCUGUUACCCAGCGGCCAUUGAAAUCAUUUUGGUCAAUACAUUGAAAGUCACUGCAAGUCGCUGGACGACCGCUCCGCAUUUCAUUAGCCAUCUGUGUUCGCCCUCCAGCUUUGCAACUACGAUGAACCAAUCGUUUGACGGUGCUGUCAUGUACCGUAGCAUUGCCACACACCGUCUCCACGUUUCUCUUUCUGCAGUAAAAAAAUCCAAUCACAUAAUACCCUGCUACAAGCACGUCAGAGUCGGACAGUCUCAAAUUCAUGACUGCUAUAUUACCAACAUAAUAAAGGAGAAAAAAAUUGCACGCAUUACUUUCUUGCUGGCUCUGGUACAUUGCCGCUUCAGCGCACAGCUGGCACGUUCACCUCUAUCUAAAAAAAAAACGCACUAUUUCAAUGUUGUGCGACACUUUCAUACAUUUACAACCAGCGUUGGAUGAUUUUUCUUUUACAAAACAGAAAAAGUGUUAUGGUACAGAGAGAGAUAGUAGAUAGCACAAACGAUGUGUCAUUUACAAAUGCAAAGUUGAUGCUACAUACAUAUUUCACAUAAAGAAUUUCCUGUACUUAGAAAAUGAAGCUGAUUUUUCUGUUGAUUUGUGAUCAUAUAUUCCAACAUGAGUGACCGUUAAUUUAUUGCAGGAGUGGAACUGGAACUAUCAUUCAUGUUAAACUUGCAGUCUUUGUCAUUUUGAUUUCUAGUACUUUCAGUAUUGUCACCUUCGUACCUAGCGUACCUGUUCACGUAACAUCACUUGAUAUAACGAUGUGCAUUUGCAACAUACGAAACGUAAGUUAGUCUUGUACAGAACUCAUUUUCUCUCAGGUACAAACUACAUAACAUUUUCCACAUCGCUAACAGGCGAUCAUACAAACUUUACUUCGGUUUAGUAAUUAGACUGUAUCCCCCAUUAUUGAAUAACAUACUACACAUUUUUAUUGUAUUUACAGGAUUUCAGUAUUUUUGUAAGACCUACUUAAAUCUUUCCCGCCGAAGAUAUGGUGCACCAUUUCUUGUUGCUGCUCUUUGGCUCGUGUAGAAGAGACAUAUUUUAGAUCUGUCUCUGUAUCUAGGAUGAUAUCCAUCAGGUCAGAGUCGUCACCACUGCUGGAGCCGAUGUGUUUGAUCAAACGGAAUUCUGCUCGACAGUCUGGUUCAGUUAAUGGAGCAGAUAAGAAAUGAUGUACACCACGGUAGGAAUGUGAAUUUUGAACUUCACGAAGCAAUAUUGUAAUUGAUGCUACAUGUUUAUCGUAGCUGAGGAAGCGUAUAAUAUUUUUGUAUUUGUUUAUAGCUAUAAUAGAAACCUACAGGUUAUACUUUAUUAUUGAUGUCAUAGUAUUGUAUAUGUUAAGUAUGUUUGUUUGCCAGUUUAUGAAAAUUGCGGAAGAUCUUUAUGCUCAAAACUGUUAAUAAACGAAUUUUUGUUAUUGAA